ACGACAAUGACCAUUGAUUCAGCAAAGAACACUCAACGUCAACGAUCGAAGAGGAUAGAGCUCAUUAUUGUUCCUGGAAAAAGUUUAGGACCAUUUCGACUUGGUUCUUCAUUAUGGGACGUUAUCUACUUUUUACGUGAUAGGCCGCAGUUUUUUCCCACUGUAGAACUCAAAUACAGCCAAGAAGAUCCCCUAUUCUAUGAUUUCAUCAUUGCUUUACCAUCCAAUGGCCUAAAUUUACGGUUUGAUGGAGCUUUGCAGCGUUUAAAAUCGAUGGAAUGCUAUGAUCCGUCCAAGGUGAAGCUCGUAUAUCAAAAUAGCGAUGUCAGCUCCAGUCGCACUAUUCCAACGUUCCUCUUGGUGUAUAAAUCAUUCGGACCCACAUAUCCAGGCGAAUUUGAUCCCCUCAAAGGCCUAUAUAUUCUCAAAUAUCCAGGAGUCUCUUUUAUGUUUCCGAUACCUACUCGUUAUCAGGAUCUUUAUGCAAAAUCAUCAGAGCUUCCCCUGGAAUUUCCCGAUGGCACAACCGCCAUUGCAUCACAUAUUUAUCUCUACAGCGGAGGUAACAGCUGGCAGAAAGCAACCGUUCCUGUAUUAUCCAAAGUAGUUGCAGAGCAGAAUUCAAGCACUUCCGUAAAAUAUGGCAAACCAGGCCGUCGUGAGGUGGAAAAUAUCAUUGCACAGCCAACACAAGGUGUCACGUUGCAUUUCCCCAACUAUAAUUCGUUCCAUGAGACCAACAAACCAAAUGAAAAUAUACUGGCGACCUCGGUAAACCAUGUUUCUAUUAUCCUUCAUCGUUCCUCGGCUCAGGAUAUUCUGGCGGAACUGGGCAAACCAUCGCGUAUUUUCUACAAGGAGGAAGAUAAGAUGAAGAUUCAUUCCAUCAUGGACGAGAGGUCAAUGCUAGGGAAAUCGCCCAAUAAAGACGAACGACAAGACUACGUCCAUACUGUAAAUCUGGAAGAUGAGGACAAAGACUCAACGUCGGCUCAUCCCACUGAUUACUUUUUAAAUUACUUCCAUUUGGGUAUUGACAUACUGAUGGACGGAGCAUUGCAUGUUUGCAAAAAGAUAAUCUUGCAUGGAAAUAUUCCUGGACACUAUGAUUUUCAACGAUACAAGCGUUGCCGGUUUCAAUUGGAGUUCAAACAUGAAGAUGCCGCGGAGAAGGAUCCCAAUCUACUGGUGGACGUGGACACGGCUUUGGAUGAUGAUCAAUUUCUGCAUGUUGUAGCCGAUAUGAAGAUUUCGGAUAUGCGAAAGCAUAUUCCAUGGAAACCCAGCAGUACCGUCACAGUGACCCCGAAUGAAUCACAGGCGACACAGCAUAAGCCUGUGAUUCUUACACGUGGCUCAAGUGAACAAAAUCCUUUUGGGGCUACUUAUCUGACAGGUUAUGAUGAAGGUCUUGUGAUUGAAGUAAUGAAAAACGGCUGUAUUCCGACAAUGAUUUUGUUCUAGCGAGCACGUGGUUCAUUUCUGAACAUUUAGGCUUGUGACGCGGCAUGCCGUUUUUUCUUGAAAAAAAAAUGAUUGUGGUUUUUUUUUUUCGUCUUUCAAUCA